AUGUUCGAUCCAGAUUUUUCAAAUUCAUCAAAAUACAAUGAUAUAAAUUUAUCGACUUCGCAAUCCACUUCUUCAUCAGCUUUACUGAAUAAGAUCAAAGCUGAGAGGCUAGCAAGAGAACAAAAGCGUCAAGAAGAAAUAUCAGCUCUGAAGAUCCAAAAAGUAUGGAGAGGUAGAAGAGCAUCAUGUAAAACGAAGAGGGAUCUGGUGAUAGCGUUGAAUGAUGAAAAUGAAGUUGGAAAGAUAGGUAGAGGAUUGAUGCUUCUGACUGCGAAAGGCUGGGGAAGUGACAAAGAAAAUGUUAAAAACUUAAUGGAAAGAUGGUGUGAAUUAGGGUUGAAAAAGGAUGACCGUGUAUAUAGAAUGAUUCAGCCGUUAAAUCAAGAUAAAGAUUGGUCAAUCGUCUUGGGACUGCUCAGUAUGCGGAUUUUGGAACUGGUCAAUAUAGACCCAACCUCAAACAAAACUCCUCUCCUCCUCCUGGCAAUGGAAGUCAUCUUUGAUCCUAAAUCAUAUGUUCAGCUCCCGAACGAUGCUCAGCUAUAUGCCAAAGAAACUUUAGUAGGUAUUGUCGAAGGCAAGCAGUGGGUAGAGAAAAUAGUACAAAGCAUGGAGAAGUUGAUAGCUAGGAAUUUACCAAAGAAGAAACAACCUUCUCUUAUUCCCCUCAUCCGCUUACUCACAGCUCCAUUUUCAUUGAUUCCGCCAUCGGGUGAAUCACCAUUGAUCGCACCGUUAAUCAAUCACCUACUUGCAAUCCCGACACUACCUUCUUCACUGCCCAUACCAGCUCUGAUGCACCUGUCAACAAAUCUUAACCUGUUCACCCUGCUACUCCCUUAUACAUCCCAAAACACUCAUAUUCUGAAUCAAGGGAGAUUAUCGUCGGAAAUGGGUAAAACUUGUUUCUUAGCUAAUCUAGCUACAUUCGGUAUCACGGGAGAAAUGUUAGCUAGACAUGGAGUUGAAGGGGCAGGCGUUUGGAUGAACGUUAUCGGGAAAGUCCUCAGUGGUGUAGAAGAAGGUUGGGGUAAAUGGGUUGAUGGAUUAAUGGAAGAUGAUGAUGAACCAUUACCACUUUUAGAUGAAAGUGAAGAUGAUGAAGAAGAAAACACCGAACAACCUUCAAUCAUACCUUCUUCGACUCGUCACAUCCAACCACGACGUCAGAUACUUCCAAGCAAUAUAUCAAAUAAACUCACUAUUUUAGCUACACCUCAACAUAUAUCAACACUUACUUCACACAUAAUAUCACCUUCUUCUCGUGCGCCCAAGAGUAUAUUAUCUGAUUUUGCAACAUUCUGCGUCGGACUUCUUUCUGCUUUUAGAGGUAGUCCGAAGUGGGAAGCAAUACUUGAUUCGUUGACCGAGGGAGAAAAAGGUAGAGGUCUAACCAAGAGGAUAUGGAGAGAAGGUGUAAGAGGCAAAUGGGUUAAUGCGGCUGAGAGGGAAUCAUGGGAUACCUUCAAUAUCAAUCCGGUCGCCCCACCCCUGUUACUCCUUACGCAUAUGUACAAUCACUACCUACUCUUAACUCCCGAUGAUGAAUUCUUCACACCUGCAUCCAACGCUCUUACAACAGAUGAAAUACUUGAUUUGGCUGCUGUUUGGAGGGAUCUAGCCUUCUGGGGGUAUAUGAAUGGUGUGGCCACUUCUUCGAUUCCCGGUACCUCGAAAGAACAGUCUAUGGGAAAUGAGGAAGUCAGAGGAUUGUUCACGCGCGGUGUAGUAAGAGUUGUCGAGCGAAAUGCUCGACGCAAUUUUGCGGAUCCUGAUUUCUGGGUCAUGCGCUCCCAGAUGGACAUGAAGGGUUUCGUCGAGGCUGCAGUCUACGAAGAUGCGGAACUCACUUCAGCGAAUGACGACGGUGAUAUCGAGAUGAAUGAUUCGACUACUCUGCCUAGAUGGGCAAGAGCAAGACAAAGGUUCACGAAAAGACAAAUGGCAUAUAUAUCACCCAGAUUGGGCUUACUGAAUAAUUUACCAAUGAGUGUACCAUUCCAAACUCGUUUAGAAGUUUUCAGGAAGUUCAUAGAAUCCGAUCAGCAGAGAUUAGGAAUCGAAUAUCACGGAAGAAGACAUAGGAAUUAUGCUAAGAUCAGAAGAACCAAUAUUGCUCAAGAUGGCUUUGAUGAAUUAGGUGAACUUGGACCUGCAUUAAAGGGUAGAAUUGAGAUUACAUUUGUGGAUCAGUAUGGCUUGACAGAAGCUGGUAUUGAUGGCGGUGGACUGUUCAAGGAAUUUCUAACGAAUCUCUCUAAAGAGGUCUUUGAUACGAAUAGAGGCUUAUGGCUCGCUACUGAUCAAAAUGAGUUAUAUCCCAAUCCCCAUUCUUACGCUACCGAAUCACAUCAAUUGAACUGGUACCGAUUUAUCGGUCAAAUUCUCGGCAAAGCAAUGUAUGAAGGUAUUCUUGUCGAUGUCUCCUUUGCCGAUUUCUUCUUGGCGAAAUGGCUUGGCAGACAAUCGUAUCUCGAUGAUCUGAAUUCGUUAGAUAAGGAAUUAUACAAGGGUUUAAUCAUCCUCAAAAAUUAUCCUAGACCCGAGGAAUUAGCUCUGAACUUCGCUAUAACUGAAGAUGAAUUUGGCGUAAAGCACACGGUUGAUCUGAUUCACAAUGGAUCAGAAAUCGCUGUAACCGCUGAGAAUAGGCAUGAAUAUAUCCAGCUUGUAUGCAAAUAUAAGCUUGAUAGGCAGAUUGCCGCUCAGAGUAAAGCUUUCUUUAACGGUUUAUCGGAACUCAUAGAUGCGAAAUGGUUGCGAAUGUUUGAUCAACAGGAAUUACAACAGCUUAUUGGUGGCGAAGAGACUAUAAUCGAUAUCGAUGAUCUGCGGGCACAUUGUUCAGUCGAUGGUUUCCCGAAUGAUAUCACUCCUAGACUUUUCUGGAAAGUCGUUAAGGGAUUCUCUCAUGAACAAAGAAGAGCUUUAUUACGAUUUGUCACUAGUUGUUCGAGACCACCUCUAUUGGGAUUCGCAUACCUCAAUCCUAAAUUUGGAGUGAAAUUUAACGGAGCUGAUGCAGAUCGAUUACCUACGGCAUCUUCAUGUUUCAACCUCCUGAAAUUACCUGGCUACACCACUGAAAAUGCACUUCGAAUCAAACUUCUACAAGCUAUUACAUCCGGUGCAGGUUUCGAUAUGUCUUAA